CGUGACGACACCGGGAACCCGCCCCUCUCAGGCCCGCCAGUUCGCACUUGCCCAGGGCCCCUGGUGCUGGGCGAGACUUGGAGUGCGAUCAGGGACCCCGGAUCCCGGCUGGUGGGCACGAUGCGGCUGGGCUCUGGGACCUUCGCCGCCUGCUGCAUAGUGAUCGAGGUGCUCGGAGUCGCGCUCUUCCUUCGGGGAUUCUUCCCGACUCCCGUUCGCUCCUCUUCCAGGACGGAGCACCAGGCAGAGCCCCCAGCUGAACCCUCGGCUGGAGCCAGUUCCAACUGGACCAAGCUCCCACCACCUCUCUUCAGGAAAGUUGUUAUUAUGUUAAUCGAUGCCUUAAGAGACGAUUUUGUGUUUGGCUCAAAGGGUGUGAAAUUUAUGCCCUACACAACUUACCUCGUGGAAAAAGGAUCAUCUCACAGUUUUGUGGCCGAAGCAAAGCCACCUACCGUUACUAUGCCUCGAAUCAAGGCACUGGUGACAGGGAGCCUUCCCGGCUUCAUCGAUGUCAUCAGGAACCUCAAUUCUCCCGCACUGCUGGAAGACAAUGUGGUCACACAGGCAAAAGCCUCUGGAAAGAGAAUCAUCUUUUAUGGAGAUGAAACAUGGAUGAAAUUAUUCCCCAACCAUUUUGUGGAGUAUGAUGGAACAACUUCCUUUUUUGUGUCAGAUUAUACAGAGGUGGAUGAUAACGUGACACGGCAUUUGGACAGAGUGUUAAGAAGAGGGGAUUGGGAAGUGCUGAUCCUCCAUUACCUCGGGCUGGACCACAUAGGCCAUAUUUCAGGGCCCAGCAGCCCCCUGAUUGGGCGCAAGCUUAGCGAGAUGGACAGCGUUCUAAGGAAGAUCCACACCUCGCUGCUGUCGGAGGAGAGAGAGGCUCUUUUACCCAGUUUGCUGGUUCUUUGUAGUGAUCAUGGCAUGUCUGAAACAGGAAGUCAUGGGGCCUCAUCCAUGGAGGAGGUUAACACCCCUCUGAUCUUAAUCAGUUCUGCAUUUGAAAGGAAACCAGGUGAUACCCGACGCCCACAGCGUGUUCAGCAGACCGACUUGGCUGCGACUCUGGCGAUCGGGCUUGGCCUGCCAAUCCCAAAAACCAGUGUGGGCGGUCUGUUACUCCCGGUUGUGGAAAGAAAACCGAUGAGAGAACAACUGAGAUUUUUACAUUUAAAUGCAGUACAGCUUAGCAAACUAUUAAAAGAAAAUGUGCCCUCAUAUCAAAAAGAGCCUGGAUUUCAGCAGUUUAAAAUGUCAGAAAAGUUGCAUGGGAACUGGAUCAGACUGUACUUGGAGGAAAAUAACUCAGAAGUUCUUUCUAACCUGGGAAUCAAGGUUCGCAGGCAGUAUCUGGAUGCCUUGAGGACCCUGGGGCUGUCCCUGAGCAGACAAGUAGCCCAGUAUGACAUCUACUCCAUGGUGGUAGGGGCCAUCGCGGUUUUGGAGGUUCUCACCCUACUCCUGCUCAGUGUCCCGCAGGCGCUGAGCCACAAGGCCGAGCUGGAAGUCACUCUGUCGUCGCCUGUGUUCUCUCUGCUCUUUUAUUUGGUGUCCCUGAUUCUUUGGGCCCUUCAUGUCACCGUAUGCACCUCGGCUGAGGGCUCCUGCUACCUGUGCAGCCUCUCCUGGCCGGCAGCAGGCGCUGUGAUGAUGCUCAUCUCCGCACUGCUGUGUGUGGUUCUGUCCGCUCUUACCAAGGCGGUGGUCAGCAGGCAGCUUCUGAGUAAGAAUCCAGCUCAUUCCAACCCACGGUGGUCGGAGUUAGAUCUUCUUAUCUUUGUGGGGACUGUGGGCCACGUCUUAAGUCUGGGUGCCAGCAGCUUCAUCGAGGAGGAGCACCAGACCUGGUACUUCCUUGUUAACACCCUGUGUCUAGCUCUGUGUCAUGAAACCUACAGAAACUGCUUUCUGGGAGAUGACUGUGAGCCUCAGCAUUGCUUACACGUGGGAGAAGGAUUCGACGGCGCCGCCCCCACCUUGCAGGACAAGAACGCCGGCUGGGACAUGCCACAGCUGGGCGGAGUGACCAAGCGCCCCUCUUCCCUUGGCACGCUCCGAGGCAGUGAGAAGUGGAUGGUGUUAGCGAGCCCGUGGUUGGUACUCGCCUGCUGCCGGCUGCUGCGGUCACUGAAUCAGACGGGUGUACAGUGGGCCCACCGGCCGGACCUGGGGCACUGGCUCACCAGCUCCGAUCAUAAAACCGAGCUCUCUGUCCUGGCCGCCCUGUCCCUCGCCACGACCUUCGCAUUGGUUCAGAGGAGGUGCUCCCUGACUUCGAAAUUAGCCUUGGCACUUGGCCUGCUGGGCGUCUAUUGCUACAGGGCGGCCAUUGGAAAUGUGCUGUUCCCAUGGCAACAAGACAACAAAGACGUUUCAAAGGGCGUCACUGAGGCUCGUCUCGUCCAUGCUUUUGUCCUUGGCAUUCUGUUCCUGGGCACCAAGGACUUGCUUAAAUCCCAGGCCGUCACUGCAGGCUUCACAGCCAAGACUGUGGGUUCCUGGGAGGUACACAGUGGAUUAGUGCUUCUGGCCGCUCUGCUGUUUAGGCCACAUAAUCUUCCGGUCUUAGUGUUUAGCCUCUUGAUCCAGACCAUGAUGACGAAGUUCAUCUGGAAGCCCCUGCGGCACGGUGCAGCUGAGGUCACUGUGAUGCAUUACUGGUUCGGUCAAGCAUUCUUCUAUUUUCAGGGAAACUCCAAUAAUAUCGCCACAGUGGACAUCUCAGCAGGCUUCGUGGGCCUGGACACCUACAUGGAGAUUCCAGCCAUGUUCCUGAUGGCGUUUGCUACAUAUACGGGGCCUGUGCUGUGGGCCAGCCACCUGGUGACGUUUCUGAGUUCAGAAACCAGCAGCAGUUCGGCACUGAGUCGUGCUUGCUUCUGUUAUGCGCUGAUCUGUUCUUUUCCGGUUUCUGCAUACAUCCUUUUGGUGACAUCCCUGCGUUACCAUUUAUUUAUAUGGAGUGUGUUUUCUCCAAAACUUCUCUAUGAGGGAAUGCAUCUACUUGUUACAGCUGCUCUCUGUGUAUUCUUCACAGCCAUGGAUCAAACCAACACAGACUCUUAACUAAACUAUUAAGAAACUGAAAAAAUAAUAUAUUUUUAAAAUAUGUUAUAAAUGGAUUCGAGUAAUGAAAAAGUCUGUUUAAAUGCAAGAUCAUUCUUUUAAAAAGAUGUGAAUUCUAUAAGGUUAAUGAAUAGCUUAAGUUUCUUUAUUGUACUUGAAUUUAGAUUAAAUAGCAAGUGACUUAAUAAUAAAAUACUCAGUUUGAGUCAUAUUCCCCUGUUGACAAUCACCCUAGAAACUUCUGAAUUUUUAAUUUCCUCUGGGUAAGUAAUGAUAUGACCCAAAUACGUGUUUAACUAGAAUAAAAAGAUCCCAGGUCUGUCAUGUGUGUGAACUUCAGAGAGCCCAGGGGCUGUGGGAGGGGGCCGUCUGCUGCCAGAGUUUACCUUGCAGAGCUCAGACCCCUUACCACUCUGGAGACCACUGAGGGUCCCAAGAAGAUGUGGUUUAUGUGGGUUACGUCUGUCAGCAUUUAUGGCAUUUGAAAUUAAAACCAAGACAUUUCAAAAAUAUUAGUCAUUUAGAAAUAAAGAUACAAGCCCAUUGCAUGUUACAAUGUUAUUAGGAAAAGCAAUUGAUUUCUAAAAAUAUUUAGCAAGAAUGGAAUUAUUUUACAUUUUUGCAAAUCUCUUUAAUCUUUGGUUUAAUUCAAGAAGAUUGGAUCCUGCAUUCAGUCUGUUGCUAUACGUGUGUUUGGUUGAACUAGUCACACAGAUACAUAAUUGAAAAAUGGAGUAUUUUAAUAUCCUUUUUCUGAUCAUUGUGGAUAUUCUUUUUUGAUACUGUACUAAAACUAGACAAUUGAUAGCUUGUGAAGAGUGUGAGAAGAAAAAAUAAACGCCUGAAACCCUA